AUGUUUCAAAGGAAUAAUAGGCUUUUGAUAAUUUCUACAGUAUUAUUAAUUUUUCCAAAAAAUAUCAAUGCUUUACCGUCUCCUACUAACCAAGAAGUGGAAGUAUAUGUGGAUGGAACUAUGGUUGAUAUAAUACAAUACAAUGAACCGGCACAAAAUAAUAAGGACACAAAAUCGGGCUCGAUAAUCAAGGAUAAUGAUUUAGUUUAUCCUGGACUACCCUUUGAUAAGAUUGAACAACCACAGUACGAAAAUGAAAGCCCUAAUGUAUAUUCAAUAUUAUUCUUUAUUGGAUCUAUUAUACUAAUUAUUUUUAUUGCAAAUCUUCUCCUCUGGGUUAUUAGAACUAUAGCGAAUGUCUUAUCAAUAUAUAGAAAUAAUUAUCGUUUGUCUUUGUACGAAAACGAUAUGGAACAACAGAGUCAGGGCGAUUUGCUGAAUGAUACAGACAUUACAGAGACAGAGAAUUACGAUCCAUGUUUCACGCAGAUGAAUAUGACAAGUACAACGACUAGUGAUUCUAGGAUAUAUAAAAAAAAUAAGAAAGCUUAUAAAUGGUCUGUUUAUUUAGAUGAUCCUGGAAAAGUGGUUUCUAAAUUGGUAUUAUUGUCACCAGAAGAACAAUUCUAUUAUCACCAGGGAGAAGAAUAUCUUAGAGAGAAUCCCCCUUUAUUAAUAGCUAAUAAUAAUACUUAUGAUUUAAGAAGUAACAUUGACGAUCCGAAUGAUCAUGAUAGAGAAAGAAACGACGGUUCAUCUGAUAGAAAUGAUAAUGUCUUUGAUCCAGUUAUUAAUGAACAAACAAUACAGUACAUUGAAGAUGAAGGUGCAGCCGCAUGGGAGUUUCGUCCUGAUCCAAAUUUACCAAAUGAUACUAUUUUGGUAGAAAAUAAAACUGAAGUUAUCUUUUUAAAUAAUAAUUAUGAUGCAUCAAUCAUGACUACAUUACCAAUCCCAUGUAUUAACAAAGUUUAUUAUUGUGAAUUUAAAAUAUUUGAAUGGAAUAACCAGCAAUCAAACAGUGGAGAUACCAUGGAUGAAUUAGAGGAUAAACAAGUGGAGGGAUUAAUAUCAUUUGGUUUAGCCUCAUCUCCCUACCCUUAUUUUAGAUUGCCUGGUAGACAUCACAAUUCUAUAGCAUAUGACUCGAAUGGUGAUCGUAGAGUAAAUACAUCUUUCCCAUUAGAUGAAUCUCUAAUAUCGAUUUUUCCUAAGUGUGAGAGAGGUGAUGUUAUCGGUGUUGGUUAUAGAACAAGGAGUGGUACGAUAUUUUUCACUAGAAAUGGUAAAAAAGUUAAUGAAAAGGAUUGUGGCGGUCAUAUUCGUGGUUGGAAAUUCAAAUACCUUUAUCCGUGCAUCGGUGCGAAUAUCCCAUGUAGAAUCCAUGCCAAUUUUGGAACCUUUGGAUUUGUAUAUAUUGAAGCGAAUGUGAAAAAAUGGGGGUAUGCAAGAAUCACUGGAAUGAAACUGCCACCACCAUCUUAUGAGGAAUAUAAGCAAGAUACUUUAAUAGAAAGUGCAGGAGAAGACGAUGAUAAUGAAGAUAUUUAUUUACUAAACGAUGCACAUGAAAGGAUACACACCGAUAAAUAUCACAAUGGGGAGUUAAGAGAUGCAACUGGAAAAUUACUGCCUCCACCUCCUGGAUUUGAAUACAGUACAUCUCCACAUAGUAUUAACGAAGAAAUAUCCAUGGGUUACCUGCCAUCUGAUCCACCAAUAUAUGAUUCAUCAUUAAAUAAAAUUGUUGUCAACAAGGAAUCUAAUGGUGCUAUAAUAAGAGAAUCACCGAUGCGUACGCUGAUACGUAAACUUAUUUCAAGUACUGGAAUGAACCAUUAUUCAAGCUUAAACCAACAUAAAGGGAAUUAUACGGAAACCAGUUGUCUUCAAGAUUUAGAUUAUGAGUAUGAUGGAAUGAUAGAACAAGAUCUUGGUGAUACUCAUGCAAGUGAACUAGAUGAAAUAGAAAAUAAUUAUGUAGAGGAUGAUGAUGAGGAUGAACAGGACAGAAACAAUAAUGAUUAUGCCACUUCAAUCGAGCCUCAACGUAUGAUGGAAAUUGAACAAAACUAA